GUUGCCUCUCUGUGUGCCACAAAAGCGUUUGGCACUGCCUUCGAGGAAGAAUCCAGACUCAUUAGUGAAAUGGAAACUGUCUUCGUUGAGUGUGAAAUGCAGCGUGCCUUUCAGUAUCGCCCUCAGUAACGCACGUAGAGCAUGCUGCGCGCUUCUUGGAGAGAUAUGAACUACCAUCAAGUGUGUCUAACUACUGUGUGUUUGCACAGAGGUUACUAAGAGAAUACACGGGUGCUCACACAUGGGUGUUAUUGUGCAGAGUUAUGCUUCAUGUGGAAAUCUUUUUUGCAGCAUACAUGUCACAGUGGUAUGAGAAAAGGAUUAGGGUUGAAUUAUGCAAAAGCAUUUCCACAUUAGGUACAUUGCAACUCUGUAUAAUAUCACUUGUAUUUCCUAAGUUUAUUAAGAUUCUGCCUCGACUACAUGACUAGGCAACCCUGCAGACAGCCACUUCCACCCUCCUCACCCCUCUCUGUGUGAAGAAGGAUCUCCUGCUCUCUGUCCUGAGUUGAUCUUAUCUUGAUACCACUCUGCAAAAGGCUCAGCGCUGCGUAUUUUUAAAAGGCAAGCUGCAUCCUGUUUCAGUCAUUCUUAGCCUCUGUAGAAAAAGUGGUUUUGACAUUUCCGUUUUAAAAGCUGCGACUUUUUUGAAGACCACUCGAAAACUGACCAUUUUUAUAUUGCCUUAGUUUGUAACCGCGGCAGCUCUUAAAACACGUUCAAGUUUUUAUUAUUUUUUAUUAUUGGAAGAACUAGUUAAAGAGGCUACCUCUAUAUAGACAUAUACCUAAACACAUACGAUAACAUAUAGAGCACAUAGAGAAUGUACAGCAGCAUGCACAUUUGAAAUGAAAGCGCUAAAGCUGAAAAUCGUGGAGAAUUGUCAAAACAGGCUCAUCAGCGACAGUCAGAUUUAAUGGCUGCCAUAGCCGUCCACAAACGCAAUUCAUUUAAAUACUGCAAGAGAAAACGUAUAGGCUCACAUGGCAAAAACGUAGGAGGUUAUUUUUUUUUAAAUAACUUGUUUAAUAUGGCUGAUCAAAGCACAAAGCGGUCGAACGUUUUCAUUUUUCAUAGAUUACAGAACGGAGAUUGAAAUCCCCCACCACCCCCCAGAGCGGUGUUUUCACGCAGGUGGGUAUAUACAGGUUGUCAAUGGGGUAUUUUAAAAGAUACAGUUACACAAUACUGUACAUAAAUAUUUACAUACAUACAUUCAGAUAAUGUAAUACAGUAGAUAAUACAAUAGAUAAUACAGUGCUGUUCUGAUAAAGUCUUGCAAGCGCGCAGACCCUUCACCACAAAUACACACACCCCUUCUGUGCUUUAACAGACCGCCAGAGGAAAUGUGGCGUGACACGGUGUUAUUCUCGUCAAAUUACGAAAAAGAACACAUUUUAAGAAGAACUGGGAAGCUUGGUUAAUAAGCACUGGAAACGAGUCAGCUUACUGCGCGCAGAAUGAGGAUCGGCUAAAGCUGGGUGUUCAGAAAAGGGAUUCUGAAAAAAAGACGUUAUAAAUAGUAAUAAUAAUAAUAAUAAUAAUAACAAAAACAAAUUAAAAGCAAUUUGUUUUUAUUCACUCGGAAUUAUAUAAUGUCUACACACCGGAGAUCGCUUUAUUUCAAUUACGCGCUGUCUGUUUGCAUCGCGCUGCUGGGUUUGCUGGCGGCCAGUUCAUUAUCUCCUGACCCAGUCGUGAACGGGACUGUGGGGGAGUCCGUUCUCUUGCCCGCUGGGCUUUCUCAACCAGCACGCAUUACUGGAGUGCAAUGGAUUUUCGGUAAAGAUGUCAUUGCCGAUGAAGAGAAUAUUAAUGGAAUAACUGCCCAGUUCAGAAAUAGGGUGCAUCUGAACAGAAACGACUGGUCUUUAACAAUCACUCAGCUGAGAGCAGAAGACAGUGGAGGAUAUCAUCGUGAUAUUGAAACAGCUGACGGUCAGCUACCAGCGCUCAUGAUUACUCUUCAUGUCUAUGAAAAGAUCUCGGCGGAGAUGGAGAGGAAACCAUCGAAUGAAACCUGCAGUGCAACACUGCUGUGCACCACGAACCAAACAAAACACGUCUCCUACCGCUGGAAGAGAGGGGACCAGGAUUUACCCGAGUACGCUGGGAUGCUGGAGGUGUCCCUGAGCUCCGGAGAGAGGGGUGUGAUCUUCACCUGCGUCGCUUCUAAUCCAGUCAGCGAGGCAGCAGCAUCUAUCCGGGAGAGCUGUGGCGGUUUGUCAAAUAUUGUACCCUGGCAGAUCUAUGCUGGAAUAGGUGGGAUAUCGCUGCUGGUUCUCAUUUCUACUGUGAUUACUGCAGUGGUGUGCAAGAAGAAGAAACCCAAGGAAGCUGUGACAAAAACUCCUGAACAGUCGACUGUCUAUGCACAAAUUGAGAGACAAACUGCACAGACGAAUCACGUUGAAAAGUCUUCAGAUGCCCAGCAGAGUGACAAUCUCCCUAUGACUGUUUAUGCGACUGUGAAUCUCAAACAGGCACCAGGAAAGUCUUGUGAAACGCAGUACGACACAGUGAAAUUCAACCGAAAUGAUGAGGGAUCACCCUAUCAACAAAUACUGUAGCUGGAACCCUCAAAGGGAAUGUGUAUGGCAGCGAUGAAGAUUUAUCUUCAGCGUUGCUUGUAAUGUUAGACACAGGCAGUGCAAUGUUAAUUUCCACAUCUCUUGUUUUGUUUGAAUUACAGGCUAUCACCAAAUGUCAA